GUGGACAAAUGAUUCGGACGUAAAGUGUACGGCACGAUUAAAGACUGCGCCGCGGCAAAAGGAGCAGCGUGUAACAAAGCCCUUCGUUCUUUCGACCAAAGUCCCGAUAGUUCGUUCGAGCAUCUCUGAAGAAAAUCUCUCCAAGUUUCAAAGUGCAACGUGCGUUUCGGAAUAUUUGACGGAGGAGUGUAAAACGAGGAAGCGACGCGUCGAGGAAAACGGAGAGAAAGUUAUCAAAGACGAAGAUUUCUGGAAAUAGAACCCAAGGGAAAAGUGAAUUACCGAUAACCGCGAAAUUGCAACGCAUCGCAGAUGUACGUACGAGAAUUGUUCGAAAGUUUCAUAACGAUUAAACAGAUUAAAACUGACUCCGUGGUACUUAAGAAGAGAGCAGAACGACGAAAAGCGAGAUAGCACCUUGAGACGUUAAUAAAAUCUUCGUCAUGCUACCAAAAUUAUUCGUUCUCGGCUCUCACAAAGUGAAAAGGUAGUGAGAGUCGAAUCGAAGUGUGAGAAAAGAUAACUAUCUUGAAAAUCGUCAACCCAUCCGAAACUGUAUAAUGCAAAAUUGGACAGUGCGCAGAGGUUUAAACCUUUUGAAACAAAGUAACAAACAUAAAUCCAUUCCUAUGUGAAUUUGUCUGUGGAAAAGAGAGACUACGGGACUAGAAACUACUACUAGAAACUGUACAAUAACGGAAACGGACGAACGUGAUUAAAGGAAAGUAGAAAAAUAAGAAAAUGGUGACGUGAGAUCGAAGAAAAACGAAGGAGACUGCUAAUGAAGAAUUGGGCGAAAGACGAGAACGAAGGUAGUCGAAAACGAUGGAAACAAGCCUCGAUCCCUUGAACAGUACCAGUUACUACGAUGCUGGUGAUUUAUCGAACAAUUUGUCGAUCAAGGAAAGCGCGGGAGAACCGCUCGAAUGUAAAGACGAAAUCAAUUCGAGCGGUCUUUUCGAUUUCGUUAUUUACGGUGUGCUGGUGAACUUGGUCGGUCUCUUUGGGAUAUUUGGCAAUGCGAUCUCGAUGAUCAUUCUCUCGAGGCCGCAGAUGAAAUCAUCGAUCAAUUACCUGUUAAUUGGCCUAGCCAGAUGCGAUACGGUGUUAAUUAUCAUUUCGAUAUUGAUUUACGGCUUACCUGCAAUUUACGCGUACACCGGCCUGCUAUUCGACUACAGGUUCAUCGUCUACCCGAAGAUUGUUCGAUUUUUGUAUCCAUUAUCGUGCAUGGCGCAAAUAGCAACGGUGUACUUAACUCUAACUGUGACGCUAGAGAGGUACAUCGCAGUCUGUCAUCCUUUGAAAGCUAGAUCUUUUUGUACAUACGGACGAGCUCAACUGGCUGUGUUGGUUAUCGUGAUAUUUUCCUUUAUGUACAAUCUACCAAAAUUUUGGGAGGUAGAUUUCUACACGGAGGUCCACUGGAAGUACAACGUUACCGUAUACUGCCUAUAUCCGGCGGACUUGAGAAGCAACGACUUGUACGUCACACUUUACGUCCACUGGAUGUACUUCUUUAUAUGCUAUCUGUUCCCGUUCCUCGCGUUGGUCAUCUUCAACGCAGCCAUCUAUCAAAGGGUUAGAAAGGCGAACAGAGAUUUGCAACAGCUUUCUCGACAUCAGAGACGGGAAAUCGGACUAGCGACAAUGUUGCUUUGCGUAGUGAUCGUUUUUCUCAUCUGUAACAUUCUACCACUCGCCUCGAACAUCCACGAGACCUUCCUCAACGAUCCACCACUUUGGUUGGUGCAGACAGGCAACCUUCUCGUAACGAUUAACAGCAGUAUCAACUUCAUCAUCUACGUGAUAUUCGGUAGGAAGUUCAAGAGGAUAUUCCUGAAGUUGUUUUGUAGCUCGAAGCUGUUCGGACCAGGCAGAGACAGUCCAGAAUUUCAAACUUACGACGAGUCGAUCGUCACAAAUAUGACCAAUAUAGAACUGAGGAAUUCUAUCAGGCAUUAUCACCUAAACAGAUCGAGCACUAUUAAUAGGAAUAACAACAACUCGAACGGUAGUACACGACAAAGUGUGAAAAUGUCAGGGAGGCCAGCCAGUCCAGGACCCUGCGUUUAUUAUCCAGCGAGAAGUCCUGCCAGAAGUCCUAGUCAGAUGUCCAGAACGUCUAGCACUCAGAAUGGAUGGAGCAAAAAAGACAUAGAUUCUGCGCUAUAGUAAAUCUCGGAUAAUCUAAUUCCAAUAACUCGAACGGCUCUAUUCGUGAACAAUGCACACUUCUUUGUGCACCGCGUAACAUGAAAUAAGAAAAUCUUUUAGAACGAACAUCUUUUCAAUCGGAUGUAUUCCAAUAAGCUCGAAAGUACAUACAUAUGAGUGUUACAAAUAUCUUUACAAUUCACUGAUUUUUAGACAAAGAAAAGAAAAAAUAGCAU